UUAUUGUAUUCUCCCUUUGCGAUAUUGGGCUAUUCUAAAAGGUCAGAAGGUUACAAACAUGGUUGCCAUUGGACAAACUUUUCUGUCGUGAGAUUUUUAAGUCCGCAGUUUUGCUCGUAGAGGCUACGGCGUGAGUGUAUUUAACAGUAUGAGUGACCGCUUGACCAGUGCCGGCUGUGGUGUGGAGGUGUGUCUGACCAGUGAGUCUGGGAAGGAAGAGGCUUCAGUUCCACACUGCCCUCAUGGACCCACUUUGCUGUUUGAGAGGUACAUCCGAGGAGCGCCCUCUGGAGAGAAGUUUUAUGCCUGCAGUGCUUGCCGUGAUCGCAAAGAGUGCAGCUUCUACCUGAAGUAUGGAGAGAAGAUGUCUGAGGCUCGUCAGGAGGCCUGGGCAGACAUCUCCAGAGCCUCUCAGCCGCGGUUCAAUCACAAACAAUUCUGCAAAAGGUUGUCAGAAUUUGAAGCCCUUCCCACAUGUAAGAGGAGGUUUUGUGAAGACUGCAGUCUGCUGUUGUUACCUGAUGAGUGGGGGGAACACCAGCAACAUCGUGUGCUGCAGACUGUCACCUCCCACCAGCUGACCAGACCUACCCACCUCCUUCAUCCCAGGGAAAACAAGAAAACAAAUGCUCAAUAUCUGUUCUCAGAGAGGACAGUACAGUUUUUCCUGAGCCAGGUCCAACAGCUGGGCUAUAACAGAGUGCUGUGUGUAGGAGUUCCUAGGUUACAUGAGACCAUUCAGUCCCAGAGAGCAGCAGGGAGUUCCCAGCUGGACAGCUUGUUACUGGACAUAGAUCACAGACAUGCCCAGUUCUAUGAUCAGGAACACUUCUGCCACUAUAACAUGUUCAACUACCACUUCUUCGAUGGAGACUCAGCCAGAGAUGCUUGCGUGCAAUUUUUACACCGUAACCAUGGUGAUGGGGUCGUCAUGGUAACAGACCCACCUUUUGGAGGGUUGGUGGAGGUGUUGUGCCACUGUAUGAAGAAGUUAUAUGGACUGUGGAGAGAAGGAUUAACUGACACCUGUAGUGAGACAGAGAUCCCCACCCUGUGGAUUUUCCCUUACUUCAUGGAACACAGAAUAGUGGACAGUCUUCCGUCCUACAGGAUGUUGGACUACAAGGUAGAGUAUGAAAACCACCCCCUGUACCAGGAAGGACCCAAGUCUAAGAAGAGGGGUUCACCUGUCCGCAUCUUUACCAACAUCCCCACUGAUCGAGUGGUUCUACCCCAGGACAAAGGCUACAGGUUCUGUGCCCUCUGCAGGAGAUAUGUGGCCGCUGAGAAUAGACACUGUCAAAAGUGCAACUGCUGUACAUCCAAGGAUGGUCGAACAUACGUGCACUGUGACCUGUGCAAGAAGUGUGUGAAACCAGCGUGGUCCCACUGUGAGCCAUGUGGGCGCUGUGAGCCCAGAGACCACGUCUGCAGCCAGAGGACACACCUGGCAGGCUGCUACAUCUGUGGGGACCACGGGCACAAGAGGAGGGAAUGUCCACAGAGAUUCUCCCAGGAGAGGUACACCAGGACAGAGAGGAUGUCGGGCAAGAGGAAAAGGAAAAUGGAAGGUAACAAUGAUGCAGCUGUUCCAGAUCAAAAAAGGACUUUACAACAGGAACGUAGUUCAAAAAAACAAAAAGUCAAGAGAAAAUGGAAGCAGAGCAAAAGAAGACAAAAACUUUGACAAACGUUAUGGAAAUAACUCUAUGAAGGUCAGAUUUAUUUUGUCUUCAUUGAUGUCACAAGCAAGGAGUCAAGCCUUGGCAUCAGGUUUUAUAAUUUAUUGAUUUAUGUGGCAUAAUAGUGAUAAAUACAAUAAAAAUCUCCAUUGCAAGUUAAUGCUAGAUUUUCAACGUUAAGACCUACAACCAUUUGUACAACAUCUCUGCAUGAGGACUUUGUUUCUGUAUGGCAGACUAACUAGUCUGGCAUUGUAGCAGCCUAACGUCAUGCUAAUUUGUCUUUACAAUGCAGCACUUUACAUGUAAAUGUUACCAUUAAGAUCUGGGAAAGCUUUCCUACAUAGUUACGUGUAUGUUACGUGUACUGUUGCCAUGCGCAUAUCGAGGAAAGGUACCGUCUUGUUGUGUCGCACAGCUAAGCAGGACUAAACAAUCAUGUAAAGCUUGGAUUCUACGCAAUGAUACACUUUUCUGUGUUCCCUCAUACACACACAAAGAUUGGUUAACAAAUGUACAAGAAAUUCAAUGGCAUCCAACCUUAGUAAAGACAUCCUAUUAUACACA